CCCGCAUCGUGCCGGGGGAUUAAUCUGUGUCGGGGGGGAAAGGAGGGAUUCCGAUGCGCGCAUUAGCUUUAUGCUUCUAGUUUAUGAGACAUUUGCACCGCGGAAUUGGCUCGUGGCGUCGGAAUAAUGCGCUUUUGCUGCGCGCUUUCGCAUUUCUGGUGGUGCCUUGCGGUUUCUGGAACUGACUUUUGGCGGGGUUCGCGCGGAUAUAGUUGUUUUUGCUCUGUUUCUCCUUUUGGGGCGCCCCUGCGCCGUCAAUUUUCUGUGGAGUGAGGUGGGAGCUGUUGUUUGUGCGUUUCGGGGGAAUUAUUCUGUGCUGCACACACUUGGUGGCUCGGGGGAACAAAUCAUCAUGUGGCAUUUUUCUUGUUGCGGCCUCAAAGGGCCUUACAUAAGGAAACGCCCCCUUGGCUUUGGCUGCUAUUGUGCUGGUGGUGUGCAUGCUAAGGAAUGCUGCUGUUUCGUAAGGGAAGCACCAAGCACUGCAAGAGAGUUAGUUUAUAGGCUUGGUUUAGAAAUGAUUGCUUCACUGAUAUCGAGUGCUGGGUCUGGCCUUAGGUGUUGUAUUGGCGGUUCUGAUUCUUCUCGGUGAAAACCCACAAAUUGGAAUUUACUUGCUGAGCAUAGAGUGCUUGUUUGCAGCUUCAUAUCACUUGCUUUCUCUUGGUUCCUUCGUUACUUUGCCGACCUUCUUGAUGUUUCCUUUUCCAAAACAUAGGGAUGCUUGGCAAACAGGUUUUAAUUAAAUGAAGAAUUUAUGAAGGUUGAACCCUCUCCGACAACUGGUACUCUGAGCAUGGCUGCAAUUAUGAACAAGAGUGCAAAUCCAGACAUACUUCCUUCGCCUAGGGAUAAAACAUCUGGUAGCACCCAUGAAGAUGGUGGCUCUCGAGAUUUUGAAUUCAAGCCUCAUCUGAAUUCAUCCUCUCAAUCGACGGCUUCUGCUAUCAAUGAUCCCAAAAAGCAUGAAACUUCUAUGAAAAAUGAAAGCCUGAAUACUGCCCUGUCAUCUGACGAUAUGAUGAUCGACAAUAUACCUCUAUGUUCUCGUGAGUCAACUCUCGCAGUCAAUAUUUCAAGUGCCCCGAGCCAACUGGUUGGAAUGGUUGGUUUAACUGACAGCUCACCUGCUGAAGUUGGUACAUCUGAGUUGCAUCAGAUGAAUAGCUCUGGAAAUGCUAUGCAGGAGUCACAGCCUGAAAGUGUGGCUGAAAAGUCUGCAGAGGAUGGUUAUAACUGGCGCAAAUAUGGGCAAAAGCAUGUUAAGGGAAGUGAGAACCCGAGAAGCUAUUACAAGUGCACACAUCCUAACUGUGAUGUAAAAAAGCUAUUGGAGCGUUCGCUUGAUGGUCAGAUUACUGAAGUGGUUUAUAAAGGGCGUCACAAUCACCCUAAGCCCCAACCCAAUAGGAGGCUGUCUGCCGGUGCAGUUCCUCCAAUCCAGGGUGAAGAAAGAUAUGAUGGUGUGGCAACUACUGAUGACAAAUCUUCAAAUGUUCUUAGCAUUCUUGGUAAUGCAGUACAUACAGCUGGUAUGAUUGAGCCUGUUCCAGGCUCAGCUAGUGAUGAUGACAAUGAUGCCGGAGGAGGGAGACCUUACCCUGGAGAUGAUGCUGUUGAGGAUGAUGAUUUAGAGUCAAAACGAAGGAAAAUGGAAUCUGCUGCUAUUGAUGCUGCUUUGAUGGGCAAGCCUAACCGUGAGCCUCGUGUUGUAGUACAAACGGUUAGUGAGGUUGACAUCUUGGAUGAUGGGUACCGCUGGCGCAAGUAUGGCCAGAAAGUAGUUAAAGGAAACCCCAAUCCACGGAGUUACUACAAGUGCACAAAUACAGGAUGCCCAGUCAGGAAGCAUGUUGAGAGAGCAUCACAUGAUCCAAAAUCAGUCAUAACAACAUAUGAAGGAAAACAUAACCAUGAAGUCCCUGCGUCGAGGAAUGCGAGCCAUGAGAUGUCCACUCCCCCCAUGAAGCCUGUUGUCCAUCCAAUUAACAGCAAUAUGCAGGGCCUUGGUGGCAUGAUGAGAGCAUGUGAACCUAGGACAUUUCCAAACCAAUAUUCUCAAGCAGCUGAAAGUGACACCAUCAGCCUUGAUCUUGGUGUUGGAAUCAGCCCGAACCACAGCGAUGCCACAAACCAAUUGCAGUCCUCAGUUUCUGAUCAGAUGCAGUAUCAAAUGCAGCCCAUGGGUUCAGUAUACAGUAAUAUGGGACUUCCAGCAAUGGCAAUGCCGACUAUGGCUGGCAAUGCAGCUAGCAAUAUAUAUGGUUCGAGAGAAGAAAAACCUAGUGAAGGUUUUACUUUCAAAGCCACACCGAUGGACCAUUCGGCUAACUUAUGCUACAGUACCGCCGGCAAUUUAGUCAUGGGUCCGUGA